UACAUGUGACUCAGUGUGCGUAUUUAAGCUCCUGGCGCGAGAUCUUUCAGUUGAGAAAAACGAGAGUUGAAAGGAGAUUUGUUUAAGUUUGAGAGAUCUCUGGAAAGAAAAUGAGUUCCGCUGGAGACUCGAAGCAGCAGAAGUCCAAUGAGAACCUAAAGAGCUUUUUUGCACCAUCUCAAAGGUCAGCUGGACAACCGAGGCAAAGUCUGCAGGUCCUCCUACCGUCAGCAGUAAACGCACGUUUAAAAUCAGCUCAGACCGGGAAGGUUGUUCCUAAGCGGAAACAGUGGAUAUUGGAUCAAUCAAGAGGUCUUAAGAGGGUUAAAGCAGAAGUCAAAUCCACACAAACAGAAGAAGCUGAUGGUUUGUCAGAUGGCCUGUCUAAUGAGGCAUAUGAGCUUAUGGUCAAAGAAACUCCACCUUCCUCUUACUGGAAAGAGGUAGCAGAGGAACGACGGAAGGUGCUGUACAGCGUCCUACAAGAGAAUGAAAUGCUGCACAAAGACAUCGAGGCCAGAGAUGAACAGAUCAGCAAGCUUCAGGCUGAGAACGAAGAGCUGCAGGAGCUGGCACAACAUGUGCAGUACAUGGCUGACAUGAUUGAGAGACUGACUGGGAAGUGUCCAGAAAACCUGGAAGAAAUGAAGGACCUCGCUCUUGAUGUGGAAGACAAUGAGGCAGAUCCAACUGAGCCAGAUUACAGCGGAGAGACGUCUGACCACGAAGAAGCGGGACCCUCAGGAGAUCAGGAUUAAAUGCAUUGCAGAAGGACCUACACUUGAAGGAGACAAGUUUACAAAUUCACUUCUACUGUUAUUGAGUUGAGGUUUUUUUUAUAUAUAUAUAUAUAUAUAUUUUGGGAUUUUUCUUUUUAAUUCAAAAGCCAGUGGACCAUAUUUGCCACAAGGGAAAGGAGAAACUUCCUACUUGAAAGGGUUAUUUUUAAUAUGCCAAACCCUGACCCACAUGGUGGGAAUGUGCUGGUGUUGAAAGGCUUCACUGACUACUGAGGACCUUUUAACAGAUGAGAAACCCUGCUGUCUUAAAACUGAAACCAACAUUUUCCUGACUCCUAACGUCUCAAUCUUGUUUUCCCUCGCUACUGUUUAGGCUGAUUUGAAUGGGGGGUCAUAUGUUAAUGCAUACAGCAGUAAGCAGAUCCAUGUUUUCUGUUUUAAACUGUGAAACUUCACCUUGCUGAUUUUUGUACAUAGUCUAUACAAUAAACGUUUUUUUAGAAGAAUCCUUUA